GGUGGCGUCAUUUUAGUGAUCAGGUCAGAACUGCAGAACCAUUAGGCACUGCGUUCUUAGCCAUUUCCGAGUUUUCACUCUCCACAAUCAGAGAUUUUUUAGUAAAAAGUGUUCAUAAAUGCAGAAACUUGUCUUAGAAUUACUGACGUAGAAGCAAGGAACAGCAACACAAAGCAAAACAAUGUCAGAUCAUGAUGAAGCCUUGCUGGAUGAAGAUCUUGGCGAUGAAGUUUACGACUUGGGAAAUGACGAAGAAGAAGCUCUCUUAGCUGAUGAUGAAAUUGAUAACGAGAGGUUACCUGUGCAGCAGAGCUACUCUUCAAAAGCAGAUGAAGAAACAGAUGACAUUCUGGAUCUAGGAGUCACGGAUGCUUUCGAUGAUUUGGUAACCGAAGAUGAAAAUAUUCAAUCCAAGACAAAGUCACAUGUAGAAGUCAAUAUUUGUCAAAAAAAUGAUAUUCCUAAUGAACUUAGUUCAAAUGAAUUGAGGAAGAGUCAAAUACAAGAAAAGUCAGAAGCUGUAAAAAGUUCAACAAAAUAUGAAUCAAUAGGAGAUAGAGGAAGACAACAGAAUCAUUCGGAUGAAGAACCUUCUGUGAAACAGAAAAUAGAUCUUCGUGAAAAAUUGAAAGAAAGAAAUAAUUUUAAUAAACACAAUCAUGUUACUGAUGAUGAAGAUGGUGAAGAACUCAAAGAAAGGAGAAACCGUUUUCAAAGUGAAAGGACUGUUGUUCCAACCAAAGCCAAUCAAGAAAUCCCAGAUUCCUUGGAAAAAGUUGUUACUUCAGAUCAACACGUCAAGACACAUAAUCGCAGAGAGCGUGAUAAAAACAGGGAUAGAAGUGAGCGCUUUGAACGAAGAACAUUAGCAAAUCGUCCUGGAGGAAGGUAUGAUCCUCAUUUACCUAUAAGGUAUCACCAUGGACCUUUACCUCAGACUCCAGGAACAAUGCAUUAUAGACCUGAAAAUCGUUCUGCUUUUCAAUGUGGAAAUUCUGCUAGUGGACCUCUACCUUUAGGUGUAUCAAAUUUGGGUCAGCCAAGACAUUCUAUGUAUCCUCCAAUACCAUCUUAUCAUCAUCCACAGAAAAGUGGACCACAUCCGCACUAUAAUGAUCCACAGUUAUCAGCACCAAUGUUGCCCAAUCAGUAUCCAGAACCUAUGCAGCCAUCACAAUUACCUUCAUUGGUUCCAGGGCCGUUAAUGGAUUAUAGAUCGCGAGGAUUAGCUCCUCCACCACCAGGAAUAGGUCAGGCUCCGGCUGCCUAUGGACUAGCACCUCAUACUUUUCCGCCUGCUCCAUAUUCACAGCACAUGAAUGAACACAGCUCUGUGCCGGUAAUGACAGGUAAUCAAGCUAACCAACCACUGCCACCACACAGACCUUCUACCUAUGAUUCUCGAAUGACCAGUUCUUAUGAGCCUGGUUACGAAAUGAGACCUAAACCUCCUGCAAACUUUGGUCAAACGCCAUCGCAAAUCGGGGUUCCAUACUCAAAUCAAUCCCUACAACAAUGCAGGCCACAACCAUCAGUAACAGCAACUCCUCAGGAAGUUAAUACAUCUCAAAAGUUACUUGUUACUCCCAGUGUAAACAGUGUAUCUAAUGUUCCUGUUAUUCCGACGGGUCACAAGAUUCUCAUAAACCCUCACUUCAAGGGAAAAAUCGAUAAUAAAACAUUGCAUGAUCCAGCUGAAACAUUUGUUCAAGCGCUCAGAAAUGCAUCUAAUUCUAGUUCACGAGACGGACGUUCGUCUUCUAAUCAAGCUAAGAGUGAUGAUCCCUUUUCUUAUUUUUCCGAUAUGUGGCAAGAAAGCAAAUCACAAAGAGUACAAAAUUCUCAUUCGCAUCGUUCAUAUUCUCCUGAAAAUAAUUACAAUAAAAGUAGUAAUCAUGAUAAGUUCAAAUCUGAACCUCAAUGGUCUCACAAAAAUGAACAUUUAGAGGCAGGCAGCAAAAAAAAUUAUGACUCCAGAGACUACAUUGAACAUAAAAAAUCGCGAGAUAUGUAUCGAGAAAAAGAUAGAGAGAGAGAAAAGGAAAGAGAAAAAGAUAAAGAAAGAAAAAGGGAGAAAGAUUUGUCUCCUAAAUCUAAAAGUGAUGUAACAGAUUCACUGUUAAAAAAUAGUCACAAAAUUGAUGACCAUGAAAAUUUAGUUAAUAAAUCAGUGCACGAAGAGAAAAAGAAAUUUUCUCACCACUCAGGUAAAGAAACCGUUCGAACGGUUGUUAAAAGAGCUAGUGAUACGCCAAUCGAUAAGUUUACAGUAGAUAAAGUAGCGAAAAAACUCAAAAUUCCUGCAAAAAAUUCAGCAAGCAAGAAUGCGGAAGAAAAUAUAAUAAAGCAGGAAGAAGAAUUAGACCCUGAAAUGAAAGAAUACCGAAUGAAAAUGGAAGAACAAAAAAGGCUUCGUGAAAAAAUUAUUUUGGAAAAGGAAAAUCGGCGAAAAUUAGCAGCUAUGGAAAAAAAUAAAUCUGAACAUUCCACCAACAGCAAUGAAAUAGACAAAGCACGAGUUCAGUUAACAAUUGUUUCUACCGAAAAAGAAACCAAAAAAGGGAAAAUCAAUCUUUCAGCUGCCAAAACCUUAGAAAGUCUAACAAAUGUACACUCCUCAGAGGAAUCUUCAUUCGGUUUUCAAUCUUUGAAUGAAAUGAAAAAAUAUCGAAAAAAAAAUGUAUCUAAUGUAUUGGAAUCUGAACAAAAGUCAAUAGAGGAAUCAAAAGGCGAUAUUGAAAAGAUUACUGAAUCGGAUCAAGAAUCUGAUGAUGACUCUGAAGAAUCAAACACAGCAAUGAGUGAUUAUAUCGAGAAGGUCAGCGAUAAAUCUGAUGAAGAUGAUGGCGGGAAAAGCAAGCUUUUAUCACGAAUUGUUCUGGGCAGAAAUAAAAGAGUUCUCAAGACGAAACUAGAUCAAAGUAGCAUAAUUCAAAAACCAACAGUCAAUGCACACAGACAGCUUGGACAGAUUCGCAAGUUGCUCGCAAAUUCUUGUACGCAACGCGUUGUAGUUUCUCCAGCAUCUAAAAUUCAGCAGAAAAAUAAUGCAGGAGCCAUCAGUCAGCGCAAUAUUGUACAUAAAUCGGACGCGAAGAAGCUUUUAAAAUCAAAUAUCGUGAGGGUUGAUAACCUGGCUGCAACCACAACUGAGCAUCAAAUUAGGAAAAUGUGUCAAGGGAUCGGCAGUAUUGAGAGUAUACAAAUGGGCGAUGGUAAUGCCACAAUUAUUUUUAAAACGCAAUCAGCAGCUAUGGUUUUUCAUAAGAAAUAUCAGCGAAAAAUGCUGGACUUGUCACUUAUUAAAGUACAAUUGAUAUCACAAAUUUCGAUGUCUAAGAACUCAUCUGAACACUAAAAAAAAUUACACAGAGGACUAACGAAAUUUCCUAAAGCUAUAGCUAAAGAUUUUGUCUUCAUCUAAAUAUCGAUAUAUAGUAAAGCAAAAAAGAUUUGCUAAGUUUUUUGCCUUCUUUCAAGUCAGGCUAUUUGUAUAGUAUGAAUAAAUAUAUGUUAUAUAUAUACGUAUUACAUUGCAAUUAUUUAUUAUGGUUUUCGCAUACCAAGUUACCUUUUUUCGUUUAAGAAAAAAGAAAAUUGUAAAAAAAUGAAAUAAAUCUAUAAAACUUUGUAAAUUACAUUUUUUAAAUAAACAGCAAACAUUAUCUUUACAAAUACUAUAUUAAUUGUAAGAUAUGCUAUGCAAUCCACGUAUUCUCGAUCGAAUCAUGAUGUUUUAUAACGAUUUAAUGAGUAGUCGGUAAAAAUGAAAAUUUUUAUAAUGUAUAUUUAAAAGAUGACCGAAAUAAACUUGAAUCACAAAAAAAUGUUUCUAUUUUCUGAAUGUUGUAUCCGGUGCAUGUUUACUUUCGAUAA